UUCUCUUGUGCAAUCUUUUGAAAUCUCUCUUCAAACACAGAUCAACUGCCCCUCAUUCGCCUGUAACUAUUCAGACUGCUACUCCAUGUACAUGAGUCAGAACACCACUUCAUGCACUCCUGGUUACUGCUGCGAGCUGAUAAGGCAGACGGACAUGUACUACACUGUCGGCUGCAGCGCCUCCUGCUCUUACAGCUGCUUCAACUCCUCGCAGACUAACUGUACUGUGAGCUGCUGCAACUCCACAGGCUGUCUCAAUGGCACUUUUGCAUCCAUGAUGAUGACCACAACCCCAGCAAUGACAACCACACAGAAGGCAACACCAAUGGUUACGACCACAGCCAGGCCCCAAACAACAGCAAACAAAGGAAACAAAUGCAGUCAGGGUAAAUGCACAGGUACAGACUGCUACAAAACUUUCAAAAACCUACAAACGUGCUCCUCUUCAGAGCCACACUGUCAGCUGAAAAAGGAGACUGUGGGUACCUCACUACAGUGGACCGCAGGUUGCACCACCAACUGUUCAGCCCAAACCCCAUGCAAGACCUCCACAACACCUCCUUGUCACCUGGAGUGCUGCAAUGCCACGAUGACCCCCUGCCUCAUGUUGAACGGCACGCUGAAUGUCCCCAACUUUGCCACAAGAGGGCCUCAUCUAAACACAGAAUUGAUUGCUUCCUUGCUUUGCCUGCUCGCCCUCACUUUGCUGCUUUAAGUGAGUGAGUUGACGCUUGCUCAGCAGCUGUGUGGGUCAUUAGGUAAACAGAGCUUUGUGUAACUCAGUCUAUCCAGGAAAAUAAAAGCUUUUUCAGUGCAGAGGAUUAACACUACUUCAUUUACAACCAUUUAUCUCACUGUCCUUCAAAUAUGAUAUUAUUGUAUAUAUAAGGGAAUAUGGCGAAUCGUUUUUUAGAAUGUUGAUUUAGGUUCUCGAUUUUUUUUUACUUCCCAAAACAUUUUGAUAUUUGGUUCAAGGACCAGUAAAAAAAAAUGGCUUUGAACAGUAUUUAUAAAUGAAAUCAACAUAGAAGUUAAAACAAGCCAGAGGCAACUCAGUCUUUACACCACAUACUAUUUAGGGAGACUAUAACAGUCGUAAUUAAAAGAGUCACAAUCUAAAGAAUCGUUUUAUAUUGCUUAACAACUUGUAAUUUGUUCUAGCCAUGACCUUGCCCAUUGCUUUGAUUGAAUUCUGAAAGAUAGCCAAACACUGUUUCAGUGCCUUGCCGUUUUGAACAGAUUUGUACACUCUUUUCUUUUUUGAUGGGUGAGUGAGCCUAAACAACACAUUUAUAUUAUCAAAACGUCUCCAUAGAAUGACCUUUCUUAAAGCCAUUGUGAGAGUGACGCCGAUGUGACUCUAUAUGCACUUUAUGAAACACAAACGUUGAGCUGUUACAGGGUGUUAUGAAGGUUUGCUGUAGCAUUUCUGUAGAUGCAGUCAGAAUUACAUGUGCAAUUUAAUACAUUUAACGACAAAUAUUUUUUUGUGAAUUGUGAUUUGGUUGCAGGUCUAUAUUGUGUGGUUUACAAAGUGCGUUUUAAUGUAUAAUAGUGUCGUGUAAAUGUUGAAUGAAAUCAGACUUGUUACAAGCUGUUCUAGUUUUGUGUACUGUAUGAAUACAAUGAGUGUCUUUAAAUGAAAUACAGCUAAUAAAAAUAUAUAAGUAUGAA